CUCUCGACACGAGCUAUUUGCGGCUAAGUAACAGUGGCCCCCAUUCACUCGUAGAAACCUUCUCGAAGUGAUUCAGAAGAAUCUUUUGGAAGAGAGAGGAAGAGAUUGGUUGUCUGUGAUUCUUCGAGAGCUCAACCAUGGGGAUUUGCUUGAGUGCUCAGGUCAAAGCUGAGGUUUCAGGGGCCAGUCCGAAGUACAUGAGCUCGGAUGGGAACCAGACGGGAAGUAUGGGAAGCAAGGCCUCGUCUGUGUCAGUUCGCCCGACUCCACGUACAGAGGGCGAGAUCUUGCAGUCUCCGACCCUCAACAGCUUCAGCUUUGCCGAGCUGAAAGCCGCAACCAGGAAUUUCAGACCAGACAGUGUCCUUGGUGAAGGCGGCUUCGGCUGCGUUUUCAAGGGAUGGAUCCAUGAGCAAUCUCUCACCGCUACCAAACCAGGAACUGGUUUGGUUAUCGCCGUCAAAAGACUUAACCAGGAUGGUUGGCAAGGUCACAAGGAGUGGUUGACAGAAGUGAAUUUCUUGGGGCAGUUUUCUCAUCCUCAUCUCGUGAAGCUGAUCGGUUAUUGCCUGGAGGACGAGCAUCGUCUUCUUGUGUACGAGUUCAUGCCUCGGGGAAGCUUGGAGAAUCACCUUUUCAGGAAAGGUUCGUAUUUCCAACCCUUAUCUUGGAAUCUCCGGUUGAAAGCGGCUCUUGGUGCUGCAAAAGGCCUUGCCUUUCUUCACAGCGCAGAGACGAGAGUGAUAUACCGGGACUUCAAGACUUCAAACAUCCUUCUUGACUCGGACUACAAUGCAAAGCUUUCUGACUUUGGAUUGGCAAAGGAUGGACCGACGGGUGAUAAAAGUCAUGUCUCCACUCGGGUCAUGGGUACCUACGGGUAUGCAGCUCCUGAAUACCUCGCUACUGGUCAUUUGACAACCAAGAGCGAUGUCUAUAGCUUCGGGGUAGUUCUUUUGGAGAUUUUGUCUGGACGACGAGCUGUUGACAAGAACCGGCCAACCGGACAGCACAACCUCGUCGAGUGGGCAAAACCAUACAUGGCAAAUAAAAGGAAGAUAUUCCGGGUUAUUGACAACCGUCUCCAAGAUCAAUACUCUAUGGAAGAAGCCUACAAGGUGGCGAUACUCGCAUUGAGAUGCCUGUCCGCAGAAGUUAAGCUCAGACCAAACAUGAAAGAGGUUGUCUCACAGCUUGAACAGAUCCAAGCUCUAAAUGCCACGGGAGGUGUCGAGAGAAAGGAGAAGAAAGCACGCCCGAGAAACACAGAGAGCGUUAUCGCCAAGAAAGCCAAGGUGGGUUGUUGCCCAUCUGCAUCGCCACUGCAUGUCUGAGGAAUUAAACAUGUCUUUGGGUCGUUUGAGGUUUCCUUCAAUGUCCUGUCCUUGCCUUUGAUGUACAGUUUUGUCGGCUGCAUCGGCGAGAGUCACCUCCAUGGGUAUUUUCACGACGUGGAGAUAUUGAGAUCGAUCAUGUAACAACAGUAUUCGUUGACUUGCGUGUAGAAUUUGCUCUGCGGCCUUCAUUGCGAUUCUGUAACAUACUGCUUCUUCACAGAUCAACAGAUAAAGUUUCCAACUCAA